AUGGCCGGUCCUAUCGCUUUUAUCGGCUCAACUGGCGGCUGCGCGAAUUCAUGUCUCGCCCAUACGCUCAAGGGAGGCUACAACGUCGUUGCCCUAGCAAGAACACCGUCAAAGCUGACAGAGCAACUUAAAGUCCAAGGCAUCGAGCAGUCAGUCAUCGAUAGCCAGCUCACUGUCAUUCAAGGAGAUGUCAACGAUAUCGAAGCAGUCAAGCGAACCGUAGCUCCAGCCUGCAAUGAUGGAGCACUGGUACCAACCAUCAUCUCUGGUAUUGGCUCGACUCCAAAGCUGCAAGCUUCGAUCCUGCAGCCAGUCACCCUGAACGACCCAAACGUAUGCGAAAAAGCAACGAGCAACAUCAUUUCGGCCGUACGGGAGGUGCAGUCUGCUGCUCAAGGGAACGGAAUGCCCAAGACCCAACCAUUCUUCACAGUCGUAUCGACCACUGGGAUCAGCAAGACAGAGGAUGUUCCUUUGGCCUUUAGACCGCUGUACCAUUACUUCCUUGCUGUCCCCCACAAGGAUAAGCUUAAGAUGGAAGACGCUAUAUUUAAAGCUGUUGCUGAUCCCACACCUGCCUCUCGAGUGUUCAGCGGUGUCAUGUCGGUUCGACCUUCACUGUUGACGGGAGAUUAUAAUAUCGCCACUGGAAAGGGGUGGAAGACGCUCAGGGUGGGAACGGACGAUAAGCCGGCGGUAGGAUACACCAUCCAGCGUGCCGAUGUGGGCGAGUGGAUGUACCAUGAGGUGGUUGCAAAUCGGGGACAAAGCUACACAAACCAGAAGGUCUCCUUAACUAGUUAA